CUUCACGGUUUUUGGUGUUUUCUUUUUGAGAUCAAACAAACAAAGCAAACUAGAUCGAUCUCGAAUCGGAGCGUCAGAGAUUUGAAUAUUACCAAAGAUUUAUCUGUUUCUGUUUGGAAAAUCCUUGUUUUCUUCUUCAGUAACCUCGCCGUCUUAAGCUUUUGAAAGAUAGCUAGUUGUUUUGCUUUAACUCGUUUUGAAUUCAAGUCAAAAUGAUGUCUGGUGAUGCUUUUUCAUUACCCUCCUCCAUCGGAGGGUUUGCUCAAGAACAGAAUGCAAUCCCUAACCCUAAAACUGAUCCUAAUCCAGCUACCAAGAAGAAGAGAAAUCUACCGGGAACACCGGAUCCAGAUGCUGAGGUUAUGGCUCUUUCACCGAAGACUCUCAUGGCAACAAACCGAUUCAUCUGCGAGAUAUGCAAUAAAGGCUUCCAGAGAGAUCAGAAUCUACAACUUCACCGUAGGGGUCACAAUCUUCCAUGGAAACUUAGGCAAAGGACGAACAAAGAGGUCCGGAAAAAGGUCUAUAUUUGUCCGGAAAAAUCCUGCGUCCACCACGAUCCAUCUAGAGCUCUCGGGGACCUCACCGGUAUAAAGAAACAUUACAGCAGAAAACACGGCGAGAAGAAAUGGAAGUGCGAGAAAUGUUCAAAGAAAUACGCAGUUCAAUCUGACUGGAAAGCUCAUUCUAAGACCUGUGGAACUAGGGAGUACAAGUGCGACUGUGGAACCCUUUUUUCCAGGAAGGAUAGCUUCAUCACCCACAGAGCAUUUUGUGAUGCCUUAGCUGACGAGAAUGUUAGGCUUACAUCACUUGCUGCUACGAAUCUGAGUUUCAGAAAUGAUUCGCUGAAUGAGACUGUAAUAAAUCCUCAACCCGGUUUGCCACAUGGUUUGUCCGGCCGGGGAGUUCAAGAUGCUGCUGGAAUUUCGCAAUUUGCUCCGGUGUUUCGAGCCGAUUUCAACGGCAUGGCCAUUGGCAGCUCUCUUGGCUUGGAUCAGCAGAAGCCCAGAUUAUCACUGUGGCUUAACCAGGCAAAUUCUCAGGUUAAUUCCAGCCAUGACAUGCUGACUAGUACUCAUCUAUACGCCUCAUCAUGUUCUACUGGUUUUCCUGAUAUGGUGCAAGCUGCAGCAUCGACCAAUCUCUUUAAUUCAUCUUCGGUAGCUAAUUUUGGAAACUUCAAUCAGUUCCAAGCUUUUGAUAAGAGUGUUCCAACUUCGGCAAAAGCAACUGUCUCUUUAACAGCACCGCCUAAUGAAUUGAAAGGGGAGGGAGCUGGGAGCAAAGGAAAUUUGCUGGAAACCCUAUCCUCAAUUUACUCUGACAGCCAAAACAAGCCAUCAAAACCAGCUGCUCCAUUGUCGGCCACUGCGCUUUUGCAGAAAGCAGCGCAGAUGGGUUCUACAACAAGCAACCCAUCACUAUUCUGUAGCAGUUUUGGAGUAAUGAGCUCCUCUUCUUCCAGCGCAACGAGCUUCGAUACUCUCAACCAAAACAGAAAUGAGCUGCACCAGGUCUUUCAAAAUUCCAAGCAGCCAGAGAAUUUCAGAUCAGCUGGAAGCUUGGCCAGGGCUGAUGGAAUGUCGGGCAGCUCGAAUUUGAUCUCAUUAACAAGUUCAUCAUCAAACAGUUUUGAUCAGCUCAUGAUGCAGACAAGUACUGGUACACAAAAUGAGCAAGUUCCGUUAAAGUAUCAUCUAGGCCCAAAAGGGAUUGAAAAUAGUCUAACAAGGGACUUUCUUGGCGUGGGACGGAGAGAAUCUCAACGCUCGUUCUUACCACAGGAGCUAGCAAACUUUGCUUCGAUGGGCUCAGCUAUGGGUUUGAGCCAAUUCAAUGGCAACCACUGAAGUCAGUUAUCAGCCAAGGAGGACAUGUUGUAUGAAAGGAAGCCAACGAUAUGACAAAUUAAGGUUGAUGUUGACAUAUAUUGUUGCAAUUUCAUGCUGGAAAAGUUUGCUUCAAUGGGCUUGAAACAAUUCACUGGCAAGCACUGAAGUCAGUUAUCAGUCCAGGAGGACAUGUUGUAUUACAGGAAGUGAAAGAUAUUGGCACACAUGCACUUGAGGUUAAUUUGUUACAUACAAUUCCUCUGUGAGUGUGUGUGCAUGUGAGAGAGAGAGAGAGAUGGCUUGCGAAUGGACAGAAUUGGUGGGUGGGGGUCCAUUCCAUGUCUGAAAUGACUGAACAAAGAGCGAACUGAUCCAAGUCAUGCAUGUUCUUCGUUGUUGCUGUUGUCUCUAUCGAUUUUCCUUGUCUUUUUUUCUUCGCUGUUACUAUUGUCGUUGUUGUUGUUGUUUUAUACUAUAUAUAUGCUACUUUUCUUUUUA